AUGUUGAUCAAUCAAGACAGCAGGCUCUUGGGAUCUUUUUCCUGGGAAAUUAUUUCUGGGCUAUGGUCUGAUCCGCAAGACCAUGAGUUUGACAUCAACGAGGAAAGAGAGGGAAGAGCACCGGAUAUUGAGUUUUGGAAAGAGAUAGAUAAAGGGUGGUGGUUUGAUGGCGAUUUCGUGGUUAGAACUGCACACCAGCAGCAGUACAAGGUCUCGGCGCACAGAAGGUCCGCGCGACACAUCAAGGAAGGGCGAGAUGAGACUAGUGGUGCUGUGAUGUACCGGUAUAAAGAGCAUCGGUCGACAAGGGCAGCUGCUUUGAUCAAACAGUUCGCGCCAGUGGGCAAGAUACGAUCUUUAUGGUUUGAAGAGUUCAUUGAUGAGAAAGAAAGUUCUGCAACAUUCCUGUGCGCCACGCAAAUGUCACAUUUCCUCACUGGCCUCGUCAUGACGCUUCAUGAACGACGAAGCUGGGGGACGCUUCCGCUGGAGAUGGAGCGAGAGCUGAUCCUUCGAUAUUAUGAACUGAUUCGAUCUGAACCAGGGGAACUAGGCCAAAUGCUGCGCACGAUCUCUCACUGGGAGGAGGACCAUCACAAACCCCGCCGAUGGGUACCUAAUGCUACAUUUGCGAUGUUCAAGCCCCUCGAUCCCAGCACCGUCUUCUACCAGGAGUGCGAGCACCAUUUUCCGAUGGCAAUUCCUUCAACCUUCAUCAGUGUGGCCAAGCUAGCGUUGAUACGUCACGAGCAAGGUAUGGAUAAGGUCUGGUGGGAUGCUUGGUGGCUAGUGAGGCCAGAUAUGAGAAGGUAUUUCCGAAUCAAUUUUGGGGUAAGGUACGAUUACCUGUCAGUCCGAGAAGAGGACAUCUAUUUGAGGAUGAAUUAUCCCGAUGGACGACAAGUGGUGGAAUCUGACACGGCAUAUCGUAAUUUUCCAAAAUUCGAGCCUGUAGAUCCCUGGUCAUGUCAGGUGACUCAACCCAAUUUGAAUGAGGCCGAGACACUGACUAGAAUCAGGAGGUUGCCAGAGACUUCUAUGCCCAAGCAUAUGGCAGACAGCCUGACUCCGUAA